AAUUGAUUGUAGCUUUUCGCACAUUUUGAUUCUGAAAAGCUGGUGAAAGAAAUCUACAAAAUAUAGCCUGAAGUGAUUUUUAUAAUUGUGAAUCAGAUAUUUUGAGAAAAAAAGAGACAAAGUUGUCAUAAUAACAGUCAAAGCAAAAGAUAUUAGCGAUUUCCGUCAUCAAUAGUAAAUUAUUUUGUGUCACUUAAAUAUAGCUGAGUCAGCAGUAGUAAAGUAAUAAAAAGGAAGGGAAAUAGUGUUGUGAAGACAAAAUUGCACUCAUCCUCAAUAAUAUCACGUAAAGUGUAAAGAAAAUAAAUGAUUUUGAGAGUAGUUCCAGUUCUGUUCUGUAAUUGAUUUCCGAAAUCAUAAAAAUUACCGCAAAAAAGAAAGAAGUGAAAAAAAAAUUGUUGCAAAGUGCUUCAGAGAUUUAUUUCUUUUGGGAACAAAAAGUUACAUUGUGAAUCGGAUAGAUCCAGUAAAUGGAGAAAAAGUAAUUAAAUUACUAACAAGUGACAGAAGAAAGAUAAAAACUUUUAUUUUGUUUCGUGCUUCAUCGCUCAAUCACAAAAGACAAUUGGAUUUUAUUCGUACUCGUGCUGCCCCACAUUAACGCCCAAAAUACAUCCAGCAAAAGUUUUUUCAUCACUUAUUAUUCACAAGAUCAAAGAAACUUUCUGUCCGGUUGAAUUGAUGUAGAGAAAUUAUCAGCUUUUUUGGAUUUUUGUGUCUUUUGGACUUGUAGCUGCUGAUGAUGAAUUAUUAUUGAUAUUUUAAUAGAAUCAAAUAAUUAUUUUUUGGUGCUUUAUGGAAAAAGAAAACAAAUUAUUAUUAAAAAUGACGUCACUUAAAAAACUUGCGGUGCUGCUGCUUCUUGCCACUGCUGUAAACUCAUCAAAACUCCUGAGAUGUCCGACCAGUGACACCAAAUGUUAUUGCAGUGAAUUUGGCGAGCUUGAAAUUCAAUGUCCAAAAUUUGAUCCACGAAUCACUGUAAGAAUUCAGCCAAAUAAUUUCUUAAACUUUGAUUGCGACAACAGUACAGACAGUGAUUAUGACUUGGUGCCAGAAUAUAAUUUGCCAGAGGCACAGAUGAUUAAGAUCACGAAAUGUCCAUUGCCACAUGGAAGGUCACUUUCAACAUACUUUAAGAAUAUUCAUAUUGACAAAAUUUUAUGGCUUCAAAUAUUUAGUGGUGGUGUCAAUAGUCGUCAUCCAUUGGAAAGUUCGCAUUUAAAAGGAUUUGAAGACAUCACGAGAUUCCUUAUUAGUGGUAAUGAAAAUGAGUUCCGUGACCUGCCAUCAGACUUGUUUACAAGCAUGCAAAAACUUACAUGGAUCACAAUGAGAGUUGGAAAUAUCCAAUUGCCAGUUGAUUUAUUUGCGCCACUUGCGAAUCUCGAGUUUCUUGAAUUGGGACAUAAUAAGAUGACAACUUUAGAGCCUGGAUUGCUGAGAAAAAAUAAUAAAUUACAGCAAUUGAAUUUAUGGGGAAAUAAUCUUCGAAAUCUCAACAAGGACGCAUUUAAUGGACUUGAAAAUCUUAGAGAAUUAGAUUUAAGCACUAAUGGAAUGGAAUCUCUUGAGCCAGAUCUAUUUAUUUAUCUUCCGAAUCUCACUCACCUUAAUUUAGGUGGAAAUAAUUUUGCAUCAUUGCCCGAAGGUCUUUUUGCAAACAAUCGAAAAUUAACAAUUUUAAAGAUGCUCGAAAAUCGCGUUCCUAUGGAUACUUUACCGGACGGAUUUCUCGCAAACCAAACAAUGCUCGUUGAUGUUUUUAUUAAAUGUGAAUUGAGAAAGAUUCCCGAGGAUAUUUUUGAAGAAUCAAUUAACAUUGCUAGUAUUAAACUUGAUGGAAAUCAACUGGAAGUUCUACCAAAAUAUUUAUUUAAGGAUCAAAGGCAAUUAAGCACACUCGAUUUGAGUGACAACUACUUAACAGAUUUGCCCGAAGAGCUUUUUGAAGGAACUCCAGAGCUGAAGAAAUUGGAUUUAUCAUACAAUCGUAUUGAGGAUAUUCCUGAAAAACUGUUUCAACCAUUGACUAAACUUAGAGAACUCCAAAUCAACAACAACUACCUAGUAAGUUUUCAACCAAAGGUUUUCCAAGGUAUUUUAUCAGUCAGAGUCAUCAACUUAGCAAACAACCGAUUGACAUUCGAAAAUGUAAUUGUCUCAAUUGAUGACCAUAAUAAUACCGAAUAUUCAGUAUAUCCAGUAGGAUCACGUUUCCAACGACUUGAAAAUCUCGAAAAUUUGAAUCUCAGAAAUAAUUCAAUCAGAACUAUAUUUGAGGACUUUACAUUGACAAACUUGAAGAAAUUGGAUUUAAGUUACAAUAAUAUUUCAAUUUUGUCAAAAGAUAACUUGCAAUUUACCUCGAGACAGGAAUUAGAGAUUGAUUUAAGACAUAAUAAUAUUGAAACUGUCAACUUUAAUAAUUUUAUCUCUGAAGACAGUCCAUCGAACAUGGUGGUAUAUUUGGAAAAUAAUCCAAUAAUCUGUAACUGUCAAAUCCUCGAUUUUGUCAAAUACAUCAAAAAACCAGAACUCAUAAAGAAGACAGGCAUAACAAUGGAACUUGGAGAUUUGAAUUGUACUAAGCCUGAGAAAUUGCGUGGACGAAGCGUAACAGAUGUUAAGCCUUUAGAGCUUACAUGUCCAUUUGAUGAUCCAUCAAGUAAUUUGGAAAAACGAUGCCCAGAAUCAUGCAGCUCAUGUGAUGUCCGACUAGAAGAUAGAACAUUGCUUAUGGAUUGUUAUGGAAAUUUAAGUUUAUCAUCACUUCCAAAUGCUGCAAACAGCAGUCUUCAUAAUGUUGAAUUAAGAAUUGAAGGACAAGGCUUGACCGAAUUCACAAGCAGCUCAACAAUUGGAUAUAGACAAAUCUCAAAACUAUUUUUAGGUGACAAUGAGAUCAAAAAUAUUGGUGAAUUGCCACCGAAACUAGUGGAACUUGAACUUCAGAACAAUCAAAUUGAAGUCCUUAAUGACACAACAAUCAUGUCACUCAAUUAUUCUACCACACUCAAGUCAAUGAAGCUUAGUGGAAAUCCAUGGCGUUGUGACUGCUCAAAUCUUGCAUUUAUUAAUUUUGUACAAAAAUCCUACACGAGAAUCGUCGACUACAGUGAAAUGAAAUGUUCGAAUGGAGAAUUUGUCAACACUUUAACAGCCAGCGGCUUAUGUUCCGAGGAUAAUUUCAUUGUCGUUCUAGCAUGCAUAAUCCUAGCUGUAUUUAGUAUAGUUGUCGGAACUUGUGCUGCUCUUUACUAUAAAUACCAAAAACAAAUUAAGAUGUGGCUUUACUCACAUAAUCUCUUUUUGUGGUUUGUUACGGAGGAGGAGAUGGACAAAGACAAGUCAUACGAUGCAUUCGUUUCAUAUGCUCAUCAAGAUGCAGAUUUUGUCACUGAUCAUUUAGUGCCGCAACUUGAGAAAUGUGUGGUUCCAUAUAAACUAUGUUUCCAUGAACGUGAUUUCUUGCCAGGAUUAGAAAUUAGCACUCAAAUCUCCAACUCAAUCAACGAAUCGAAACGAACAAUUGUAAUCAUGUCACCACAUUAUCUGAACUCAAAUUGGGGACAAUGGGAAUUCCGCGUUGCACAAUCACAAGCAGCAACUGAGAAGCGCUCUCGUAUAAUUGUAAUUCUGUAUGGAGACAUUGGUGACAUAAACAAAUUGGAGCCAGACAUACGAGAUUACUUGAAAUUGAACACUUAUGUGAAAUGGGGUGAUAAAUGGUUCUGGGAAAAGUUGCGCUAUGCAAUGCCACAUGUUAAAGGUCAAGGUCCAUUAGAUAAAUCAAAAGGUUUAGUUAAGACAGCAAUAAAAAGUUCUGUUGAUGAUAAAUUGGAGCUCAUUAAACCCAUUUCUGUAACACCACCGCAAUUGACAACACCGCCUGCUGAACAGAUUGCAAAUCCCUUAAUUGCAAAACUUAAUGCGAAGAAUGCUGCAAAAAAUCAUAAUGGUAUAAAUGGACACAACAAUGGUCACAUUAAUGGAGCUUACGUCAUCAACACAAGUUCACGACAAAGCGAUGUCUGAUAUAAGAGAUUCAUUUAGUUGCCUUAAGAAUUAUUUUGAAUAGUUUAUGUUUCUUUAAAUUAGGAUUUAAUUAGACUAUGAAUUUUAUUUAGAUUUUUGUCCUUAAUGAAAUUUGCUAGUUUCUUUGAAAAUCUAUUGGCCAUUACAGAGGAUUUGAAAUGACAAUUUUGGGGAUGUAAGAGUGUAGCUUAUUUUUAAUCUGAGGAUAAUAUCGGGAUUUAACUGUAAUGGUCAGAGCUUUGGAUGGUUAUGGAUAUUUAAGUGACAUUCUUAAGAUUUAUUUUGCAUAUUAGGAUGAAAAUUGGGGGUUACAUAAAGGUAGGAAGUAGAGGUGCAGACGGUUUGAAUUCAACCCGAGCCGACUUUUAGAGGAAAAUUAUUAUGAAGCCCUCACAAAUCAGAAUCCUUGCCUAAACCCCAAACAAGCCAUCCAGCAACAUUUCAUUCUAAUGUCACUCAGAUCCAAAUGAUUGUCCAUCUAUGAUUGUCAACUAUCAAAAUUAAAUAGCAAUAAGAAGCUAAAAUUGAAAGAUCUUGAAAAUUUAAAUAAGAAGUUUUUAA